UUUAAUAAGUUGAUUACGAUCUCGAUUAACAUUUGCCAUUUUUGUGAUUAAGAAUGUGUAGUAUAGCUUUGAAUUAUGGCAAAAACAACGAGAUCUUUUUUUUAAAAAAAUGAAUCACAUUGUCCAAGGUUUUUUCUAUUAAUAUGAUGAAAAAACUUUACAACUCCUUAGACUUCUAUAUAAAUUUCAAAAAUCUGAUACAAUAUUUUUUUUUAUUAUUGCAGUAUAUUCCUCCAAAACACUAACCCGAACCACAUUUAACCUAAUUUGACUGCCUUAUUCGAAUGAGUCCGGCCUACAAUGGAUUCAUUCAACCCGUAAUAUUUCUCUGCUCAUUCAAAUAUAAUCAUUUAUACUCGAAUCCGACCAUAACUACAAGCACGCCAAUCUUAGGCUUGUGGCCGUUCACAGCUACAUAUAUUUAAGCAGCCGAUUUUGUUACAGUAAAUUCAUUAGUAAUUAUGCUGGUAAACGUGGAUGCUUCAAGGGUUGGGAUCGCCAGUUCAAUCCUCACAAAGAAAUUUUGUAUUUUUCUAUUAUUAAAUGAUAAUUAUUUGGUCAAAAAGAAAUAUGGUGCUUGUGGCCACCAAUUACUUAAGGACGGUUCUCUUUACAUUUACAUUUAAUAUUUAGAUUUUAAAUCGUCUUAUAAUAACAUAUAUAUAAAUUUGAAAAUUGAUCUUCUGAAAAUUAAACUUCUGAUAUUGUUAUAUGUUUCUUUUAUACGUAGACAUAAAAACUUGGCGUUAAUUUAUGUUUUAAAAAAAAACAUAUGCUAGAAGCCAGGCGUGGGAGUAUAGGAGGUAAAUUUCCUUCACAAUUGCGGCGAAUGGCUAAGCCGAAAGUACCAAAACCAGCCGAUAUGAGCCGAGCCGAGCUGAGCUGGUGAUUGUACCUCACGUGUCAAAGCCUCUCUGAGCCGUAUUGUUGGGAGAACUCCCACGUGUUCAGUCCCAUCGAAAGCGACGGUCCGAUAUUUAUAUACACACUCCUUUCUCGUCUCAUAUCAUCUCAGCCGUCCAUUGAUCUCUUGUAUCUCAUUAUCAUACAUUUACUUUUUUUUUUUUUUUUUUUGGUCACCAAUUCGGUUACUUUUCUUUAGUGAAUUGAUAUAAUUCACAUUAGAAAAGUAAUAACGCGAUGUUAAAAAAAAGAAGAACAAGUCAUAACGUAAAACCCAUUGGUGAUCUCAAAUGUUGAUUUCACAUUCUCUUUAUGGUGCAUGUUAGUUAAGUGGAAGAAAGAAAAAACAUAGCUUAUGUGUACCACAUACUAUAUACUUUGUCAAAGAUUGUACUCUCAUUCUUCAUUAAAUAAAAUAUACAAAACCCAGCUAUAUAUUGUUAGCUUUCUAAUAUAAUUUGGUAUAUUUAUUGCUUUUACAUAGACGAAAACUACAUGAAAUCUACACACACACAAACGAGUACCAAUGUAUAUGUGGGCGUUAGAUAUAAAUUCAUAUACUUAUGUAAGCAUUGUCCACAAUUUUCAGAGUCGAGUCCUUUCAUUAUCAACAAUCUCUUUAACUCCACUAUAGAUCCCAAUUUCCCUCACUAUAAAAGGAACCCAUUUCCUCUCUCUCUUCUUCACUUCAUCUUCUUACACCAAAUCUAUCUUCAACAAACUCCAUUCUCUAUAUAUAACUUUAAAAACUUUGAUUAAUCAGAUCAAAUAUUUCACAAGUUAAAAAACAAACACACUUUCUCAACAAUGAGACUCUCUCUUUCUCCCGUACGUCCGCAUAGUGUACUAGUACCUUCACUCCCAAAGCACGACGUCGUUUCUUAUAUAAAUGGUACGACGUCGAAUCGUCAAUGUCGAUGUGUACUUACUCUUCCUUCUCCUUCAGUUUCUACCUCCCGACCACCGGUUCUACCCAAACCGGAAACCUGGGAGAGUUUGCUACUAAACCAAGAUCAUAGUUCCGGCGAAUUCUCGCCCUCUGGUUCGAAUAACCCGGUUAAGCUUGGCCGGAGAUGGAUGGAGUACCAGGGGCUUCAAAAUUGGGAUGGUCUUUUAGACCCAUUGGACGAAAAUCUCCGGCGUGAGAUUCUCCGGUACGGUCAAUUCGUCGAAUCGGCUUAUCAAGCGUUUGAUUUCGAUCCUUCUUCUCCAACCUACGCGACAUGCCGGUUUCCGAGGAGCACUUUGUUAGACCGAUCCGGUUUACCUAAUUCCGGUUAUCGACUAACGAAGAACCUUCGUGCCACGUCAGGUAUUAACUUGCCACGUUGGAUUGAGAAAGCGCCAAGCUGGAUGGCUACACAAUCCAGCUGGAUUGGUUACGUGGCAGUUUGCCAAGACAAGGAAGAGAUCUCACGGCUUGGGCGUAGAGACGUCGUCAUCUCCUUCCGUGGAACCGCCACGUGUCUCGAAUGGUUAGAGAACCUUCGCGCCACGCUGACUCAUCUCCCUAAUGGGCCUACUGGACCAAAUCUAAACGGGUCUAACUCUGGGCCCAUGGUCGAGAGCGGGUUUUUAAGCUUGUACACUUCAGGGGUUCACAGUUUGAGAGACAUGGUCAGAGAAGAGAUCUCAAGGCUACUCCAAUCUUACGGCGACGAGCCGCUAAGUGUAACGAUAACAGGCCACAGCCUCGGAGCUGCGAUCGCGACACUAGCCGCGUAUGAUAUCAAAACGACGUUUAAACGUGCGCCGAUGGUUACCGUAAUAUCUUUUGGAGGUCCACGUGUCGGAAACAGAUGCUUUCGGAAACUCCUUGAGAAGCAAGGCACGAAGGUUCUAAGAAUCGUGAACUCCGACGACGUUAUCACCAAAGUUCCUGGAGUCGUUUUAGAAAACAGAGAGCAAGAGAACGUGAAGAUGUCGACGACUUCGAUAAUGCCGAGCUGGAUACAGAGACGCGUGGAGGAGACGCCGUGGGUUUACGCCGAGGUCGGUAAGGAGCUUAGGCUGAGCAGCCGUGACUCGCCGCACUUGAACAGCAUCAAUGUGGCUACGUGUCACGAGCUGAAAACGUAUUUACAUUUGGUAGACGGGUUUGUGAGCUCCACGUGUCCAUUCAGAGAGACGGCUCGGAGAGUUCUCCAUAGAUGAAGAUUCAUCUAACAUUCGUAACUAAUUUAACUUUGUGCAAAGAAACAGUAAACCAAGAAAGAAAAUCAUGAACCGGAAUGGUUUGAUAUAUUUGGUUAACAGAUUAAUUUCGUUACAUAUCUCUAACUUAGUGGUAGAAAAAGUAAGUAUAGAAGACAGCUCUAAAAGAGCGAAAAUGUAUUGAAGCUCGUAUAAUCUCAUAUAAUGUAUAUAUGCUUGUUUAAAAAAACAAAAAUUUGGGUGUGGUCAU